CCGCCCGCCCGCCCCCCUCUUGGCCCUUCUCUCCACCUGCCCAUCAUGCCUCCCAAGCCCGGCCGCGUUCUGCCCGUCAUGCGCCAGUCUCCGGACCAGCUCCUGGAGAAGGUCCUGGCUGAUGACAACACCCGCCAGCAAUACCAGUCCCUGGUGGCGGAGGCCGGCGCCACGGCGGCCCUCCAGCUCUGGGACAGCCACAAGGCCGCCACCGGGCACUUCCCGACCGGCGGCUCGGCUGCCCCCCUGUCGGCUGACCAGGUUUCCCACCUGGUGCAGACCUUCUCGCCUGCGUUCGGUCUGCCGGCUGACCUGCCGGAGGCCGAGAAGUUGUCCAGCAUGGUCUCCACCGCGGCCGGCAUGCUUGGCGUCGCCAGCACCGAGCCCACCGGCCCGCUCGAUCAGUGGAUGAAGCUGCCCGCUUACAACGAGUAAGCCCCCCUUUCUUUCUUUCUUUCUCUCUCU